AUGGCUGGCGAGAUCUAUGAAGUUAGAGGACUUCUGAAAUUUGGGCGCGGCGGUCCAUCUUGUCCUUCACACUUGAAGGGGAAGCUCGUUCGCUUAGAAUGCCUAGAAGGCGAAGUAUUCGAACUUCCGGCUGAAGCGGCCUGUUUGGCCGGGCGUGUUCGAAGCCUCGUGACAGAGAAUGGUUGCGACCAUGUGCUCAAGUUUGAGGUGAAAAAGGCGACCAUGUCCAAGAUUUGCGAGUAUUUGAAGCAUCACAGGGAUCACAGCGUUAGUGAGAUCACUACUCCACUGCCCAGCAAUGAUUUGCGAGACUGUGGAGCGUCCCGCUGGGAUUGCAGCUUUGUGAACGUCGAUUUCGAGACGUUAUUUGAUAUCGGAUUUGCCGCCACAACUUUGGGCAUUCCGAGCCUGGAUUUUCUCAUCAAUGCCAAGCUCGCAUGCAUGACCAACAACAAAAGUGCGGAUAAGUUGAGAAGGGAGUACAAGAUGAUUAACGACUUACCCGCGCAAGAGGAGGCAGAUCUCAGGCGAACUUAUACAGCCCUGCAGAAGCAGCAUGGCGAAGAUGUGGAUGUCGAUUUAUCGCAACUAGCUGCGGCGAGCAUCUUUCAUAGCGGAAUGACGGCUGCCAGGACGCAGCUGGAAAGCAUCAAGAACGGCGAGGAGGAGGUCCAGGCCACGCCGACUCUGAAUCCCAAGAGUUGGCGCUAUGGGAUGUGGUCUGCCGGUGUCAAGAAAGACUGGCAGUUGUUAGCUGAUGCUCCCUAUGAGAUAACCAAUGAUCGCGAGCUAGUGAAGGAUGCCAUUCUUUCUAGCCAGGGAAGGGCCUUGAAGUAUGCCUCUGUGGAGCUUCGGGCAGAUGAGAACCUGGUGCUGCUGGCAACCUCUUUCUUUGGCACCGCCUUUGCAGAUGCCGCCCCCGAACUGCUAGGAAACAGGAAGUUUGUUCUUGCCGCUGUUGGCAGCCACGGCGCUGCCUUGGCGUAUGCGUCGGACGCGCUGCGUAGUGACAAGAGCUUCCUGAUAGAGGCCGCGAAAGCAGGAAGCGGCUGGUGCUUGCAGGGGGCGAGAGACAGCCUCAAGUCCGAUCGGGACUUGGUGUUGGAAAUGGUGGUGCAUGAUGGAGCAUCGGUGCGAUUCGUAUCCGAAGAGCUGCAGAAUGACAAGGAGUUUGCAGUUGAGGCUGUGAAGAGAAAUGGCGCAGCUUUAAAGUUCCUGCUGCCUAAGUUCCAAGCAGAUGUAGAGAUAGUGCAAGCUGCAGUUGCCCGAGACCCACGGGCGGCCUCUCAUGCACAUGCCUCACGCCGGCAUGAACUCGGACUUGAAGGCGAAGCUGCUUUGGGGGAGACCCACCUGGCAAAGGAAUAUGCAGCGCAGGCAGAGGCUGGGCAAGCAAAGGCUGAGAAAGCCGAGGUGGUUUCUGUGGCUGAUCUCGGCCCUCGUCACAUGCCCUGGCAAGAAGCCCUGGGGCGCUUGAACUACACCACCAUGAAGUUGGGCAAGUUUGUCGGCUUUUCUGCCGGCAGCACCAUGACGGGAAACCUGGGGCAAGGAAACUACGUGGCAGCAAACGCCCUGGUUGACAUAUUUCCAGCGCGGAACAAACCGGAGGUGGAUUCCUCCACGAUCAUGUGGGGCGGGGUUGGGGGUGGCAUCGGCAUGCGCUGGAAGAGCUUCGCCUCAAUGGAUGUUUUAGGCUUCAUCGAAGACGGUCUGCUCACCAUUGGCGAUGCAAGCAAGGCCGUGCAGUUUACCUGUACGAAGAUGCAUCCGCCACCUUUGUUUAUGCCGUCCAAAUUUGACAUUGAAACGCGAAAGCAUUUCUUGACCCCAACUGCGGGGAUGAUCAAGCUGGAGAUGCCGGAAGCUGAAUCCGAGGCUGCGAAAGCAGCCGAGGUUGCUGGUGACUGGCAGGGACUAGCAGCGACCAGAGAUCGCGAGGCAUUGAAGAACCUCGAGACCGUCGAUCGCCGACCCGUUCCAGGGAAUAUGGGCUCCGAGCUGGCAAACUCACCACUGGGUGGCUGGCCUGACCUUUUGAUGAACGAUGCGCUUGACUUGCGAAAAGGGAAGAUGAAGCAACCGCUGCAGACGGGCACGCGGAUUGUUUUGACCGGCGUCCAUGGCAAGAACGGCCUGACUGGUUCGCUGUCCCAAAAGUUCAGCGAGGGCAAGUGGAAGGUGCAGAUUGACGGCGUGGGCAGCGCUAUUCUUCACGAAGACAACUUCGAGGUUAGUGAUUCGCUGGUUGGGCAACGCCCCAUGGUUGAUCAGGUGGUCAAGGACGAGAGGACAGCCCUGCGCCGUGCAAAGAUCCAGGAAAAGCGUAGUCAGUUGCUGGAGAAGAAGGCAGCGAGGAACCAGGCGAUGGAGAAGAUCGUGACCACCGUCUCGCCCAGUUCAGAGUCGGUACCCACGAUGGUGCCCAGACGAUCCUACUUCAUUUCGGGGACGUGGAACGGUUGGAGCGCUGAGGAGAUGCGAUGGAGCGCGGAGGAGGGCUACUUCUUCCAUUCCGUGUGCAUCGGUGAGUCUGGCCAGGAGGCCUUUCAGGUGCUGCUGGAUCAGCAAGGCACUACUUGCCUGCAUGCUGGCGAAGUUCCACAAAGAUGCCAGGGAGGGGUGGUGGUUCAAGGCCCUGACCCCAAGUGGAGGUGUGAGGGCUUCGACUUCAAGAUCUCCAAGGUUCAGGCCGGAUGCAGAUGUAGCGUGCGGCUGUUACUCGACGACAAAGGCUUUGCCAAGAAGGUGCAUUGGCUGCCCUUGCCCUAA